AUGGCCCGAGCUCAUCUGUCGCCACCGCCAUAUAUAAAGGUGGUGGCUCUCACAAUGCCGCGGAACCAUUCUGUCGCGUCCACGUGCUCGUCUUUGGCUAUGGCUCCCCAGACACAAGCCGACAAGAAUGCCGAGUUUGCGAAACUCUUUGAUCUCUUCGAGAUGCUCGCGACACGUCGUUCGCGUCGGGCUGUCCCCUCUGACGUGGCCGACGACGCGCGUGUGAUCCAGGUGCCCGCAGAAUUGGAACCUGUCUUCCGUAACCUUUCGAACGUCGUGCCGCCUCGCGGCCGACCGCGCCGAAACACGGUGGCAGCCCUCGGCCGCACUGUUAUCCCCGAAUACGACAGCGAGGAUGAGGAAGGGGAUGUCGAGUCGGUCGCCAAGUUCCCGCUGGGGAAGACAUAUACUUUCACCUUCAAAAUGAUGAUCCAUAAGCUGUAUCAGGUCGAUGAAUGGGCUGCAAAGGUUCGCGACGUGCUCAAGCAGAGCAAGCUCGAAUACAAACCUCUCGCAGAGGUCGAGCCGCGGGUCAAGCAUGCUUCGCCCGCCAAGGUCACCAGUGACAAUCGCAUCCAUUUCAAGCUCGACCCUCCCACUCGUGACAAAAAGAUCCACAAUAGCGCGCGCCGCAAUUCGUUAGCAUCGAGUAGCCGCCCGCCUUCCUACUCAGCGAAGCUGUCCGGAGCAGUUGGUGCCGACGGUCCUGCCACCAAGAAGCGCUGCAUCGCUCGACGCAAGUCCCUCAGCGGGCCGCUGUCGCCCACCGCGAUGGGAGAUCCUGGCUGGAUCUACGAUGCCCGGGUAUCGGCAGCUACGUCGGGAGGCGUCCGCGAGACGACGACUACGAAAGCAGAGCCUCGACCCCGCCCACGGUACCAGUCCCUGCAGACCGGUGAAAAGAAAACCGGCCCAGGGUCGCACCGGGUCGUCUCAGCUGCUGUGGAAAAAGAGGAAAACAUGCGGACUGCGACAAAGAGGCGCUACGCUGAGUGA